GAUAGAGAGAGAGUGGUGGUGGUGGUGUGAUAAUUGAAGGUGGAAGAGACAGGAAAGAUGGUAGUUUAUAUAAGGUUAUGUGAAUCUGAACAUGGUAAUUAGCAGGCUCAUUGCUGAGCUUGGGAAGAGGAACACAACACGUCUUUUGCAUAUGAUCGUGUUCCUCUGCUAGCUAUGUUAGAUGAGUACAGUAUGCUUACUGCUUAGGCAAGAACGAGAAUAUGAGAAACGGAGGCUGAGGGAACAAAAGAAAGUUCAAGAACAGCCACACGUGGAGCAAGACACUGCCUUCAGCACCAGGCCAAGCCCUGCGAGACCGGUGAGUGCAAAGAAACCGGUGGGGGCACGAGCUAGCAACGGAGGAGCCAAUGGAAGGCCAAACCGGCGUCUGUCUUUGAAUGCAAACCAGAACGGAAGCAGGUCUGUUGCAAAGGAAGGAGGGAGAAUUGGUGUAUUAUAGGAUGACGGGAAUUUUAUUUUUGAGCUUGAUGUUGGAAUGAAAAAUGGCUGCAUUGACCUUGGUUUUGAGGACCAACCAGACACUGUCACAUUCUCUGAAGGUUAUCAAGAUAUCAGUAGGAGUGGCAUCAAACAGGAGGGCUGUGAAUCUGGAGUUUGGCACUAUAAUAUAAGGAUGCGGCCAAAUGUGACAGCGCCACCAUGAUCAUGAGUCUCAAGGCCACUAUUCAGUCCUCUUGGCCUGUUUUAGAAGCAGCACGGGCUCGAAUGGUCUGAUUGACCAGUUAAAUCUUUGCAGAGUGCUUUCUUUGUUUGGACAACUCCAUCUCCCUUCUCUGCAGAGUCAAAGAGUAAUAACAUUGAUUGUAGGGAAGGAGACAAAGUGGAGAAUCUGAAGAGUUGGUAAACGUACUUGCAUAACCUGUUCAUAGAUGAGACGAAGCUCAAGACCAAUAAAGAAUCCACCAUCCGCUGUGUUUUGUGCUUCCAGAUGUGGUUUAACCGCAACUCUAAAUCUCUCAAACCCAGAGCUGUCGUUGAAGAACAAAGCGGUGAGGGCCGUUUGAUUUCGCGGUUAUCUCUGCCAUUGACGCUUGCGAUUAUAUAUAGGGUAUCAAGCCGGGGGAAUCGAGUAAGUUUCAUCCGUUGGGUUGAUGUAGUUAAGGUUGAUGCUUUAUGACUGAAUGUGGUGGGAGAGAGACCUUAAAGUGGUGAAUCUAUGCAACUUGGUUUGGGGUUAGGGGUGAAAGAUUAAUUGGGCUGAGGCUGCCGUGAGAUGGGCUUCGAGUAAGUUAAUUGAAGUUGUUGCUCUUGAUUCAGAUGUUCCUUGGUAGUUACGUGGGUUGGUGUUUGAACAAGAAAAGUAACAUAUGCCACACACAACAAAACUGUCUAUGUGAUGUGUAUAUAAGGCAUAAGUGUAUGUAUAUUACAGGAAUAAAGUGGAAACUCAGUGAUAUGUUUUUUUUUUCCAAAUAGAUUAGGGGUCUGGAUGUACAUUUUUGUGUUAUCAACUUUUAUGUACAUAUACUAAUGGCAUUUUCAUAUA